UGAUCCUACCGCACCGGGAUCGAGUCGGUGCUCAAUGGGCAGAGUGACGGGGACGGGUGUUGUGGUUUGUAUAUCAGCAGAGUCAACCCGGCCUAUCCAGUACCGCACCGAUAGCAUUAGCGGCCGGUCGUUAUACAUAUAGUCGCGCUGAUAUAGGAUAGUGAUUGGAAUAACGUGUUCGACUUCUAAUUUAGUUUAACCUUUCGCAUGAGCUGUGAGCUCUUUGGGGCGGGAUUUGCUUCCAUUGCUGAACUUCCCGGGAAGGCGAAGGCUCGUUUGUUCAUCAACUGAAACAUUUGCUGAAUGUUCGUACUGCCGUUUUCGAAUCCACACUUGAUUGCUUCUCCGUGUGUUUUCAUCCGAUGACGUCGCAACCGAAGAUGAGAUUUUUUCUGUUUCUGCUGUACAUUGCAAUGUCCGCCAAAAUGCACCGAGCAAACAUGCUGAUGGCGGCGGUAUUCGAAGAUGAUCUCGACGAUAGACACACCGGCAAUCAAAGGCCUUCCUUCGAAGAGUAUAAACACAUUCGCAAACGGUUCAUCGAGGAGGAAGAGCAUCACUUCCUCGGUGCCAAUCUGAGUCUAUCGAAUGACGAACUGGUCGUCAACGAAUAUGUGAUGAAACUGAAACGGGAGGAGCUGGAGCAUGGAUUCAAUGACAGUUACGAAUUCAUUCCGGCCCGGCACUUUUUCGAAGUGCUAGAGCGAUUCAACGAAUCGAAACUGUAUCAGUUUAUUCAGAGGCUUCCCAAAGGAGCCGUGCUGCAUGCUCAUGACACCGCAAUCGGAAGCAUCGAUCUGAUUGUGAAAGCCACAUACAGAAAGAAUCUAUGGCAGAAAGGAGGCUUCGACGCUUCUGACGAUCCCGAGUUUAUAUUUUCUGUUGAACAGCCAUUAGGCGAUGAUUGGAAACUUGUAUCCGACCUUCGGGAAGAAAUGUCUGCUUUCGUAUAUGAUAGUAAAAUUAGAAAACUGUUUGAUCUCUACACCGCGAAUCCAACGAUUACAUAUAAAAGCAUUAACGACGUUUGGGGAAGAUUUCAGGAUAUAUUCGUCACGUUGAAUCCAAUUAUAACCUACGAACCGGUCUGGAGGCAGUAUUUCUAUGAUUCGUUGCAAGAGCUGUAUGACGACAAUGUUCAAUACUUGGAAUUUCGCGGUGUUCUACCGCCGGUGUACGAUUUGACCGGAAAAAUCUACUCUCCGGAGGAAAUUAUUCAAAUACACGUCGAUGAAACCGACAAAUUCAAACAAUCACAUCCGCAGUUUAUCGGAGUGAAAUUCAUUUACGCUCCGGCUCGAUUUGCCAAUGACACCAUUUUCGAUGGAUACAUUGAGAUCGCAAAAAGUUUACAUGGCAAGUUUCCGAACUUCGUUGCUGGUUUCGACCUGGUCGGUCAAGAAGACACCGGAAGACCGUUGAUAGAUUUCGUUCCUCAGCUAUUAAUGUUACCGGAUUCCGUUCGGUUUUUCUUUCACGCAGGAGAAACCAAUUGGUAUGGGAUGAGGACCGAUCAGAAUAUGAUUGAUGCCAUUCUGCUGGGAACCCAACGCAUUGGUCACGGUUUUGCAUUGCUCAAACAUCCCAAUCUGAUGAAGAUAGUAAAACGAAGACAAAUUUGUGUUGAAAUUAACCCAAUUUCAAAUCAGGUCCUGAAGCUGGUCGACGACUACCGAAACCAUCCUGCGGUGGUAUUCUUCUCGGAUAACUACCCGGUGGUAGUUUCUUCGGACGAUCCAUCCUUCUGGCGAGCGAGUCCGUUGAGUCACGAUUUUUACAUGGCGUUCGUGGGAAUCGCAUCCGCACAUCACGAUCUAAGAUUGCUUAAAAAGCUAGCCAUAAAUUCUCUGGAGUAUAGUGCCAUGAAUCAGACCGAAAAGGAAACUGCGAAACGCACCUGGAAACAUUCCUGGCACAAGAUGAUGAAGCAGCUGGCUAAGGAAAUAACGAGGCUUGACUUUGAAUAAAUUAGCUCCAGUGAUGAAAAUAUGAAUGUUAUUUAUGUUGUGGAAA